AUGUCAGAACAAGACAGUGCUCAGGAUAACAUGAUAAAGUUUGAUCUGUAUAUCAAGGCAUCAGCUAUUGACAAAGAAACCAAAGGAUCAUGCCCAAUUUGCCAACAGUUCUUCAUGAUGACCUGCAUCCUGGGAGAGUGCCAGGAUGAUAUCGAUUUCAAGGUGUUCACGGUUCAGGCUGACUGCCCUCCCAAGAACUUUGCUGCAGGCUGGAGUAAGAAGUACCCAGUUGUCAUGGUCAAUUCAGGCAAAAGCAAAACUGGGCAGGACUUAAGUGGGAUGAUGUAUGACACGUUUGAAGAGCUGGAGCUGUUCUUUGAAAGUAUUAACAGAGAAUGCCCAGCAUUGAAGCGCAAAAAUGCUCCAAAUAUUGCAGCGAUGCAUGUGGUGGAUAACAUAUACAAGCACUUCAACCACUUCAUAUCAGGCCAGUCGGAGAAGGGGCUGGUGGGGGAGCUGAAGAAGUUGAAUGAAUACCUGGAGGGUCAAGACACAAAGUUCUUGGUAGAUAAUGUUCUGUCUUUUGCUGACUGCCACCUUUUACCCCGGCUGCAGCACAUACGAGUUGCCGGAAGA